AUGUACAGAGUAAACGCCCUCGGAAUCUAUCUGUGGGAAACUCUUGUCUUUUUUAGCUUGGCAGCUUCCAAAGAGGCAGCAGCGCGCAAAGCCAGCACCCCGAUGCCCCCUUCGGAGUUCCUGGAUAAACUCAUGGGAAAAGUGUCGGGUUACGAUGCCAGAAUCAGACCUAAUUUUAAAGGUCCACCUGUCAACGUAACAUGCAACAUUUUUAUUAACAGCUUUGGGUCCAUUGCCGAGACCACAAUGGACUACAGAGUGAACAUUUUCCUGAGACAGCAAUGGAAUGACCCCCGCCUGGCCUACAGUGAAUAUCCCGAUGACUCCCUCGACCUUGACCCCUCUAUGUUGGACUCCAUCUGGAAACCUGAUCUGUUCUUUGCCAACGAGAAGGGAGCCAAUUUCCACGAGGUCACGACCGACAACAAGCUGCUGAGGAUCUCAAAAAAUGGCAAUGUGCUGUACAGUAUAAGAAUAACACUGAUCCUGGCAUGUCCGAUGGACCUGAAGAAUUUCCCCAUGGACGUGCAGACUUGUAUCAUGCAGCUGGAAAGCUUUGGAUAUACAAUGAAUGACCUCAUAUUUGAGUGGGACGAGAAAGGAGCCGUACAGGUGGCUGAGGGGCUGACAUUACCUCAAUUUAUACUGAAAGAGGAGAAAGACUUGCGGUACUGCACCAAGCACUACAAUACAGGAAAGUUCACCUGCAUUGAGGCCCGAUUCCAUCUGGAGAGGCAGAUGGGUUAUUACCUCAUUCAGAUGUACAUCCCCAGUCUUCUGAUUGUCAUUUUAUCAUGGGUGUCCUUCUGGAUCAACAUGGACGCCGCGCCCGCUCGAGUGGGCCUUGGCAUCACCACGGUGCUGACCAUGACCACGCAGAGUUCCGGUUCCCGCGCCUCCCUGCCCAAGGUGUCCUAUGUGAAGGCUAUCGACAUCUGGAUGGCCGUAUGUCUGCUGUUCGUGUUCUCGGCUCUGCUCGAGUACGCCGCCGUCAACUUCAUCGCCCGACAGCACAAGGAGCUGCUCCGCUUCCAGAGAAGGAGAAGACACCUCAAGGAGGACGAGGCGGGUGAGGGACGCUUCAGCUUCGCCGCCUACGGCAUGGGCCCCACCUGUCUGCAGGCCAAAGACGGCAUAGCCAUCAAGGGCAACAACAACAACGCGCCGGCCUCCAACAACCCGCCCGAGAAGACCGUGGAGGAGAUGCGCAAGCUCUUCAUCGGCCGGGCCAAACGAAUCGACACGGUGUCACGUGUGGCCUUUCCCAUGGUCUUCCUCGUUUUUAACAUUUUCUACUGGAUCACCUACAAGAUCAUCCGCACUGAGGAUGUCCAUAAGCAGUAAGCGCCGAUGGGCAGUGAGAAGAGGGUGAGAAGAGAUAAGAGAUGGAGAAUGAUGAAGAAGAGGAGGAAGAAGAAGAAGAAGAAGAAGACGAAGAAGAAGAAAAACAUGGCCAACGCACCCCAUCACACUCCACACCACCACGCCCAUCUUUCCUGCUCUUCCUCUUUCUCUACAGCACCACUGGCUUUCGAUGGCGGCCCUUUCAGCUGAGGUACUUCCCUUCUUCCCUGUUUCUUCUUUUUUUUUCUAAAUCUAAUCCUAAACCCCCACCCCACCGCCCCCCUCUCCUGAAUAACCGGACCUGUGCAAUAGCAAUGCAGUCAAAUGCAUGAUAUCAUGAAUGUGGCAAUAUAUUUACUGAAAAAAAAAAUAAAGAAAAGAAAAUACAAAAUGACUGAGUAAACAGACUUUUGCAAAUACAUCAGAGACCAUCUGAACUAACUGACUGCUGAAUAUCACCUCCAAGGAGUGCGAUGUUCACGUGAGACAGUAUUUUUUUUGCAACUGGAAGAUAAUACUCUGCAUUAUAACGAAGGGAUGGGGAGGGAAUCAUACGGCACUGUAAUAUAUCACAUAUCUAUCUUUAAAAAGACAAGAAAAAAAACUCAUUUCUUCCAGGAAAGGUCGCUUGGAAUUCGAGGGAUUUUGAAAGUUCUAAGGUAGUCUGGUGCUUCCAUAAAAGAUACGAUGCAAGGGCCACCGGGUCCUCCUACUGCUCAGCUCACUGCGCUACAAUAUGUGUAUUGCAAGCACUUGUCAAAGCUUUCCCUGAAUCUUGGAUGCCAUGAGAGGUUGACUCCACUCCUAUAUAAAUGACGGGAACAUGACACGUGCAAGUGGAAAAAGAAUACUGUUUAUACAAGCUGUGUUCCUUUACCUUUCCUUUCCUUUCUGCUCGAUGACAUAUUAGUAUUGAUUUAUGUGCCAAGUAAACAUCAUGUUGCUGUAAUACUUUUUUUUCUCAACUUCAACUUGGAGUUGACUGAAGAGAGAAAAAAAUACACUCCUCACGCCACAUUCCUUUCACUGUUAUAUUGAUUUGUUC